GUUUCUCAACUCUCAACAAUUCCACUCUCUCUCAACUCUCUACUCUCCUACCUUUCCUUCUCUUUCCGCUUCCUUUCUUCUUUCUUUGCCUCUGAUAUUCUUCUCUUUCACCACAGCCUCGUGAUUUGUGUUGAUUCCGAUAGAUUCAAUUUUGUAGUCUGUGUUUUCUCUCCUCCAACAGCAAAUAUACAAAUAUUCCAUCUGUUGUUAGAGCUUUUACUUUGAAAUCAAGAAACGGUCAAUCGGAUUUGUUUGGAAAUUUUGGCUGUCUGGUGAUAGAAAUGGUCACACCAUCAUGGUUUCGUAGUCUGUGGACACCAUUGAAGAAGAAUGAGUUCCAUACUGAAAAGGCGAAGAUUGCAGUUUUGGCCUUUGAGGCUGCUAGCUUGAUGACUAAACUGCUUCACCUGUGGCAAUCAAUGACUGAUAAGCAGAUUGCAAGGUUAAGAGAGGAGAUAAAUGACUCGUUGGGUAUAAAGAAGCUUGUAUCGGAGAGUGAUGAGUAUAUUGGGAAGUUGAUAUGUGCGGAGAUGAUGGAAAAUUUGGUGAACGUGGCAAGAGCAUUGGCUAGGUUGUCCAAGAGAUGCAACGAUCCUCUGCUGAGAAGUUUUGAGCAGGCGUUUAACGAUUUGAUCAAGGGUGGCGCAGACACGUAUGGCUGGCAGUUCUCGUGGAGGAAGAUGGAAAGGAAAGUCAAGAAGAUGGAGCGUUUUAUAGUUGCAAAUGCUAAUUUGUAUCAAGAGAUGGAGACGCUCGCGGAUCUUGAACAGGCGUUGAAGAGGAUGAAGGGAAAUGAUAGCGUGGAUAGCAUUACCUUGGUUGAAUACGAGAAGAAGAUUGCGUGGAAGCGACAAGAGGUGAAGCAUCUCAAGGAAAAUUCUCUCUGGAGUCGGACUUAUGACUAUACCAUUCUUCUGAUGGCGAGAUCUCUUUUUACUACGUAUGGGAGGAUUGGACAUGUUUUUGGUGUUAACCACAUUGCUGACAUAGGGGCUAACUCGAGAGUUGUGGAUAAUUUUAAUAACCGACAUAGCCACUCAACUGCCUUCAUGCAAUCGUCUGUUUAUCCAUCCGAAAAUUAUGUUCCUAGAGGUUCUACGGGUACACAAAGAAAGUUCAUAUCUUCAUCUGGCCCUCUCUUGAGAACGAACAACAUGGGUAAUUUCCACUCAGGUCCUCUUGGGAACUCAACGACUACAUCUAGUUCGAUCUCUGGAAAACAUAAUGGUGUUGGUGGUUACUAUUCAGGCCCCUUAUCAAGUUCAACAGCCAAACCCGGUCCUACUUCAAAGACGAGCAAGAGUUCUUUGCGAAUGUGGCAUUUCCGUGAUAAAUCUCACAAAGCUGAGAAAAUCUCUCAGCGAAAACCGAAUGGAAUGACCAUGUCAGGACCGUUAACUGGCUCUGUUGUGGGUGGAAAUGGUUUUUGGACGAGUAACGCCCAUUUGAUACCUGGUGAUGCUCAAUCGGGAGUUAUGGAUGGAAAGAUUUACGGGAACUUGAUCGAUGGAAACCUCUCUGUAGUUGCAUCAAAGAGCAAGCUGUUGAAUCCACCUCCGGAAACUCUUGGUGCUUCGGCCCUAGCUCUUCACUAUGCAAAUCUCAUCAUAUUCGUUGAGAAACUGGUAGCAUCUCCUCACUUGAUCGGAAAUGAUGCCAGAGACGAUGUAUACAAUAUGCUGCCAGCUAGCAUCAGAUCAUCCCUCAGGGCUAAGCUGAAGCCUUUCGCAAAGAGCCUCAGUUCAUCAGUUUACGACACAGCUCUUGCCAAUGAAUGGAACGAUGCUAUGUCAAAAACACUCGAAUGGCUCGCCCCUCUCGCUCAUAACAUGAUAAGAUGGCAGUCGGAGAGAAGCUUUGAGCACCAGAGCUUGGUGUCUAGGACAAACAUCCUUCUCGUCCAGACGCUCUACUUUGCGAAUCAAGAAAAGACAGAAGCACAGAUCACCGAGCUGCUCGUUGGUCUGAACUACAUAUGGAGAUUCGGAAGAGAAAUCACUGCCAAAUCACUGGCAGAAUGCGCCAGUGGCAGAACGUUCGAUGAAUAUCAGGAGUGAUAUAUUAUCGCCUUCCCCAUUUCUGUGUGUAUAUGUAUAUCAUCAUCCUUCACUAUCUUGGGCGAAAGGAGCUCCUUUCAGUCAUCAAGAUUUGCAGACAGCGUUGUCCGAGUAUUUUGGUGGCUGUGAUGGUGAAGAACAUCAUAGGACGGAGUUUGAAUCUGAGGUUGCACCGUGAAGGCCGUGGUUCCUGGAUUCGUGGUAAAUUGUACAGCCAAUGUUGCCUCCUCCUCUCUUAUGAUCGUUGACAGCAUGUUUAUGUUAGAAAAAUGAGGGUUUUGUUUCAUCAAAGCUUCAUCUCAAGUUUUAUGUCUUCUUAAAAAAAAAGUUUGUACUGCUAGAUUACACGAAUGACUGAAUAGUGCUUGCUGUUUGUCUCGAGAUUUAUAGCUACUAUCAUCACGAAUUUCUGAA